GAGGGUAGGGAAGGAAUGGGUGAGAGUUGGGUGUGUGUGUAUGCGUGUGCGCGCGCGCACGUGUGUGUGUGUGUGUGUGUGUGUGCAGGGAGACAGCGUUUCCCCUCCUCAGAGCUGUUUCUCAUUCAGAUGGAAGGUGUCAAGGUCAGGGUCAACAGGUUGAGUAACCACUUCCAGGUGAACCACACAGUCGCCCUCAGCACAAUUGGGGAGUCCAACUACCACUUCGGGGUCACGUACGUGGGGACAAAGCAGCUGAGUCCCACUGAGGCGUUCCCCGUGCUGGUGGGGGACAUGGACAACAGCGGCAGCCUCAAUGCUCAGGUCAUUCACCAGCUGGGCCCCGGGCUCAGGUCCAAGAUGGCCAUCCAGACGCAGCAGUCGAAGUUCGUGAACUGGCAGGUGGAUGGGGAGUACCGGGGCUCCGACUUCACGGCCGCCGUCACCCUGGGGAACCCGGACGUGCUGGUGGGGUCAGGGGUCCUCGUGGCGCACUACCUGCAGAGCAUCACGCCGUGUCUGGGUCUGGGUGGAGAGCUGGUCUACCACCGGCGGCCCGGGGAGGAGGGCACCGUCAUGUCUCUAGCUGGGAAAUACACAUUGAACAACUGGUUGGCGACCAUCACGCUGGGCCAAGCAGGCAUGCAUGCCACGUACUACCACAAAGCCAGUGACCAGCUGCAGGUAGGCGUGGAGUUUGAGGCCAGCACGAGGAUGCAGGACACGAGUGUCUCCUUCGGGUACCAGCUGGACCUGCCCAAGGCCCACCUGCUCUUCAAAGGCUCCGUGGACAGGGCCACUGUCGGGCGCUUCCCUAUGAACAGGGAAGUUUUGGCGAGAGCCCCCUCACCAGCCAUGAGGCUCGCUCUGUCGCUCCCGGUCCUGUUGGUGGCUCUGUGGAUGGUGUGUGAAGGCCGAGCCCCAGCCCAGGCAGACCUAGAGCCGGACCAGGCGGACCUAGAGCCGGACGGCGUCAUCGAUGUCAUCUGGGGGGGGUUGAAGAAGGUUGGAAAGCACCUGGGGAAGGAGAUCGUGAAACACAUCAUCCACGACAUCAACAAGAAGAACGGAGCUUCAGCGACCCGGAAAGUGGCAUCAAAGAUAAUCAAAAGUAUUCCAGAUGGAAAAGGCCUCAUUCCCCCUCCACACGAGGAGACUGCCCCUCUUACCCGCCCACCCAAGCAGGAUCCACCCGCCACGCCCCCACCCAAGCAGGAUCCGCCCCUCUCCUCCAGGGUUGUGCCUUAG